AAGAGAGAGAGAGAGAGAGAGAGAGAGAGAGAGAGAGAGAGCAGUAUGUGUUAUCGAACAGCUGGUGUUCCGGGCGUUAUGACCUUUUGUCUCCCGGUGCUCAGGUACUCAGAGGGGGGCGGAGACUCAGCUGAAGCCGCUUGUGAACGGACCGGUCCCGGCGUGCCGGACAACAAAUUUCAGCUGAAGGGAGUGAUGAAUGUUUUAUUUUCUUUACUACAGUGAGAGCCGAAUGCUCUCAUAGAAGUGUAGAGGAGCGAAGCGGGUUUUUUUUUUCUCCUUACCAGUUUGUUCAGCGUGGCAGCGGAAUAAUGGCAGAGUCCUGCUGACACCACGGAGAGAUUCACGCUGAGACCGAGGAUGGCCGUGGACGCGGCAUCCAGCUUCAGUUUUUGUCGUGCCUCUCUUGAGCACACUGUGUCUGCUGAGGAGCUGAGCUACCAGUUGCCACGUCGCGCCGGAGGCAGCAACCUGACCUGGCACGAUGGCCGCAGCCAGAAGACAGUGCACACACGCACCGUCAAACUGCUGCAGCAGCCCGGCACUGAGGGCAUACAGCUACGCCCAGGUGAAGCCUUCACUGUGUACCACACCAGUCCUACGCUGUCCAGUCUGUCCAAACCUGUGGUUCUUUGGACCCAGCAGGAUGUCUGCAAGUGGCUUAAGAAACACUGCCCUCACAACUACCUGACCUACGUCGAAGCCUUCUCCCACCAUGCCAUCACAGGACGGGCAUUGCUCCGUUUGAAUGGAGAGAAGUUGGAGAGGAUGGGCAUCGUUCAGGAGACACUCAGGCAGGAGGUCCUCCAACAAGUCCUCCAGCUGCAGGUCAGAGAAGAGGUGCGCAACCUGCAACUCCUUAGUAGAACCUCCUUUGGAAACUUCUCUUAGCUCAUCUCUGGAUCCAGUUGGCAGCCUUUUCCAUCAUCCCAUGCCACAGUACGUCUCUAGGAGCCUGAGAUAUGUGAGCUGAGAGUGAAUAAGUGAAAUGGUGGGAGAACCAGACUAUAGACUACGUGCCAACCAGUGUGGAGGAGUCUCAUUCAACAUGGCCAAUCUGGUUUACGGACACUGAGAGACAGGGACAAAGCCAGCUAAAAGAACGGGCACCCACUGUAACAUAGUAAUAGGAUGUGAGAUUUUCAACCCAAGUGACAGUAUGCUUGAUUACAGCAAACUACUUUUUUGUUUAUUUCUGUUUUGUCUGAAGUGAUUUAGCAACUCUAACAGAAGGUUGGUGGAAAAUAAACCCCCACACAGGAUUCA